AGGGGAGGAGGGAUUGCGGCGGAGAAACCCACCUGGGUGGGUGAGUGUAGAAUUAGGGUUAGGGUUCCGUGCUUGUGUUGCACGCAGGACGGGGGUUGUCUAUGGUGGGACGGAAUCCAUGGAGAGUGCGGUCUGAGUUCUAGAGGCGCUGCCACCUGAGCCAGCCCGGGAGUAGCAGCGCGCAGGGGCAGUGCAGUGUAGUGAAGGUCAGGCGACGGAGAGAUGGCCCAAAGGGACAGGCGAUUGAAGCCCAACAUCCUGGUCACGGGGACACCAGGCACAGGGAAGACAUCGACAUGCUCUUUGUUGGCCGACGCUACAGGUCUUACCCACCUCAACGUUGGAGAUCUGGUGAAACUGAAAUCGCUUCACGACGGUUGGGACGACGAGCUCGAGUGCUUUAUCCUCAAUGAAGAUUUGCUUAUCGAUGAGAUGGAGGAUAUGGUGAAGGGGGGUGGCACCAUUGUGGACUAUCAUAGCUGUGAUAUUUUUCCAGAACGAUGGUUUGACGCGAUUGUGGUGUUGCAAACCGACAAUGGAGUGCUGUAUGAGCGGCUGACAAACAGAGGUUAUACCGGUGCGAAACUCCAGAACAAUAUGGAAUGUGAAAUUUUUCAAGUACUUUUGGAGGAAGCACGUGAAAGUUAUCCACAAGAACUUGUUCGAGCGUUGCCUAGCAACACCAUUGAAGAUAUGAGUAAUAACGUGGAGAUUCUUAGUGACUGGGUCAGUGCGUGGUCCCCCCCUGCAGCGAAUCUAUCUUAAGGCCAGGCUGCCUGUAAAAAUUAUUAUCGUCACUGUCAGUGAUAAUCAUUGCGCAGCGUUUCAUAUUUUGGCUAAAUAGUGCGAGUCUCAGUGAGAUCGGAGUUGUUUGCAGAAUUUGAGGUGCAAGUUAUUGCCUCUUGCUGCAUCUUUAACGUAUUUUGCAACUUAAUUCUGCACAGGGUUACACAUUAGUGGUAAUCAGCAACUCUAUACGAAACCGAUUUAACCUUCAAUAUUUCUGGAGCUUGCUAAGGCCCGCUUAAUGUAUUAUGGGAAUUUUCCGUACGAAAUCGUUUACUGGAAAUGGAAGACUGAGAAGAACUCCGAUGAGGAGUCGGAGCGGUGAAACUGAGUAGGUUAAUCAUGCGAGGUCGUUCACACAAACUCAUGCCCUUGCUUAUCUCAACCCAAAUUGGUAGCAGUUGCCAAUGUUGUUCUAACCUUGAUUCAUACAGCGAUGGGCAUUCUUCCCGAGUUACCGAUUUGUAGCAGGUUGGGAAAUGAUACUUAGCUUUCCUGAGGUGAGAGGGUGAGGAAGUGUGAAAGAUGCCAUCAGUGUACCUCAAUUGGCACACUUUGCAUGAGUACAUGCUGGCGGUAAUACGGAAGAUGGAUGUGUCACAAGCUGUGAGCUACAAAAGACGACCUAGGUGUGGAUGAGUUACGCAGUUGUUUACUGGGGCCCUGGUCUGUUGUAUGUCAGAACCAGGUCCCAGGACCCGAGUCUGUAGUUAUAGGAGAUCUACGUAAAACGUCGAGUGGGUCAAUGACAUGUGUGGGCCCAUCGCUGGUUCAGGCGGCUGGCAAUAACGGAAAAGCCAUUUGGGAGGGUGAUGGGGAGUGGAUCUGGGGUACCGUGCAUCAGCAGCAGCAGGGUUUUUGUUUGAAGACCUGCCAGCUUGCCCCACCGGGCGGAGCGACCAGCACCACCUGCCAUCAUAGUCAUCGGUGGUGGGGUGCUGCAGAGAAUGGCAGCCGAGCAUCAGCAUCAAAAAUACAAUGCUCCCUGUUGAGAAUCUUUAGAAAGACACAAUAGUAAUAGUAAGUCAUACACACACAAGAGUAGUAGUAAGUCAUAUACACAAGAGGGUUUCUAAGGAGAGAGAGCUACACACAUAAAAUUCUAUUGAUCUGGUUGUGUCUCGUAUAUAAGAAGAGAAAAGUGGAGAGGAUGAACAAUACUUCUCUACUAGAUUCUAAGUAUUGUAGCUAUGGUAUUUAUUGUAAUCUAUAGUAAAUGUUAUGGAAAGCGUUGGCUAUAUUUAAUGA